AUGGGCGCCUAUCCCUAUGGGCGCCUAUCUCUAGGGGCGCCUAUCUCUAUGGGCGCCUAUCUCUAUGGGCGCCUAUCUCUAUGGGCGCCUAUCUCUAUGGGUGCCUAUCUCUAUGGGCGCCUAUCUCUAUGGGCGCCUAUCUCUAUGGGCGCCUAUCGCUAUGGGCGCCUGUCUCUAGGGGGGCGCCUAUCUCUAUGGGCGCCUAUCUCUAGGGGCGCCUAUCUCUUGGGGCGCCUAUCUCUAUGGGCGCCUAUCUCUAUGGGUGCCUAUCUCUAUGGGCGCCUAUCUCUAUGGGCGCCUAUCUCUAUGGGCGCCUAUCUCUAUGGGCGCCUAUCUCUAUGGGCGCCUAUCUCUAUGGGCGCCUAUCUCUAUGGGCGCCUAUCUCUAUGGGCGCCUAUCUCUAUGGGCGCCUAUCUCUAUGGGCGCCUAUCCCUAUGGGCGCCUAUCUCUAUGGGCGCCUAUCUCUAUGGGCGCCUAUCUCUAUGGGCGCCUAUCUCUAGGGGCGCCUAUCUCUAUGGCCGCCUAUCUCUAGGGGCGCCUAUCUCUAUGGGCGCCUAUAUCUAUGGGCGCCUAUCUCUAGGGGCGCCUAUCUCUAUGGCCGCCUAUCUCUAG